AUGCCCGUACCGAGGAAAGCAGAAAAGCGGCCUCCAUAUGAGCCAAAUGUCCCUGAACCAACCACCAGGGCAGACUUCAUGAAAUAUUGGCUCCCCGUCUCCUUGGAUGAUAAAACUGCACAGAAACUGUUGUGGAUUUCAGAAGGCGGUGCCAAAGUGGCUCGUACCUCAGAUGCGGUUUGCCCGUAUCCCGUCAGACCUGAGAGAUAUGAACACUCACCUCAGGUCAUGUGUAAGGAGCACCUGCUGGGCUAUCGAGGGUACUGGGAGGUGGACUACGACGGCUGGGUGGUGAUCGGGGUGAUCGGUGAGAGUUCACCCAGGAAGGGAAAUGAAGGAUCCUGUGGCCUCGGGGAGAACAGCACCUCCUGGGGCGUCGGCUGGUCAGGCUCCUGCUACCAAGUGUGGCACAACAGCGAGAAUGUGGACGUGCAGCUCCCCAAGUGCUCCUGCAUGGGCCUCUACGUGGACCAGCCCGCCGGCAUCCUCAAGUUCCUCGCGGUGGAGGGAGAAGGUGAGAAGGAGGUGCGGCUCAUUCACAAGUUCAAAGUCAACAUCCAGGAGAAGAUUUUCCCCGGGUUUUGGAUCGGCACAAAUUCAUACUGUCUUAUCCGGAAAAAGGAUCAGUGA